GUCCUUCCCACCCCAUACUUGAUUCCUCCUUCAACUACGCCUACCAACAAACACCACUUGUCGGUUGUGAAAAGUGGAGUCGCCAUGCGCCUCUCAUUGUUCACUUCUGACAGAUUCUACCUGACAACAUGAAGAACCGGUGGUUAUGGCAUAUUCUGCCACUGGCACUAUUGCUACUCCUGCAGCCUUUUCUAGUGGAAUGUCACGGCGGCCAAACAGAAGCUCUAUCCUCCACGAUUGAUGUUACCCACGAAUCCCAGUCCUCAAGCCAGUCUCAGAGCGCUGAAGUCCCGCUGGGCCAAGAACGUGUCGAUUAUGCCCUCCGCAUUCUCCGAGACUCCAAACUCUCCGUUGUCGCCCCCGACACGAAACCCUCCGGCCUGGCGGGGUACGCCUGGUACUACGCCCAGCAAGUCUUCCGGCUACUCUUCAUGAACGGGCCGAGCUCGUCCUCCACCACCAACGCAAAGCACAAGAUCCACCCGGAUGUCGCCCAAGCCGUGCACGAGCUCACAGCCGCCGCGCAGGAGGCCCACCACCCGGACGCGAUGUUCCUGCUCGCGGAGAUGAACUUCUACGGCAACUUCACGCACCCCCGCGACUUCGGGCGGGCGUUCCACUGGUACCAGGCGCUGGCGGCCGCCACGGGCAACAGCACCGCGCAGUACAUGCUGGGCUUCAUGUACGGGACGGGUGUGGGCGGCGCCGUCGAGCGCGACCAGGCCAAGUCGCUGCUGUACCAUACUUUCGCGGCGGAGGCUGGCAACACCCGGUCGGAGAUGACGCUGGCGUAUCGGCACCACCAGGGCGUUGGAGCCCCGCGUGACUGCGACCAGGCGACCUACUACUACAAGCAGGUGGCCGACAAGGCGAUUGCGUAUCUGCGGUCGGGCCCGCCGGGCGGCCAGAGCAUGAUCCGCGAGUCGUACCGGUGGGCGGACGAAGAGGGCGGCGUCUACGGCGAAGGAGCCAGCGUGUCGACCGCCGGCUUGCGGGAUGCGGCCCACUCCGGCGCCGACGCCAACCUCGAGGACGUGCUGGAGUAUCUGGACCUGAUGUCCCGCAAGGGCGAGCUGAAGGCCACGUUCAGUCUCGGCAAGAUGUACUACGAGGGCGGACGCGGCCUGCCGCGCAACUUCCGCCGCGCGAUGCGCUACUUCAAGCAGGUCACCCGGCGGUACUGGAACCAGGACGGCACGGUCAACCCCAACCAUCCCGCGGGCAUCGAGAAGCUGGCGGCCAAGGCGGCGGGGCAUGUCGGGCUGAUGUAUCUGCGGGGAGAAGGCGUGGAGCAGAAUUUUGCGACCGCCAGCACCUGGUUCCGGCGGGGCCUGGCCACCGGGGACGCGCUGUGCCAGCACCAGCUCGGGCUGAUGCACCUGCAUGGCUACGGCGUGCCGUCGGACGCGUACCGAGCGGCCUCAUUCUUCCGCUCGGCGGCGGACCAGGACUUUCCGGCGGCGGAGACGCGCCUCGGCGCCCUGUUUCUGGACCAAGGAGACGUGCCUACGGCCACCAAGUACUUCGAGCUGGCGGCACGGUGGGGGUCGAUGGAGGCGUUCUACUAUCUCGCCGAGCUCUCCAAUAACGGGGUCGGCCGCAAACGGCACUGCGCGAUGGCGGCCUCGUACUACAAGAUGGUGGCGGAGCGGGCGGAGGCCAUUCACUCCUCGUUCGAGGAGGCCAACACGGCGUACGAGAAGGGGGACAAGGAGCGGGCGCUCAUUCCGGCCAUGAUGGCUGCGGAGCAGGGUUACGAGCACGCGCAGUCGAACGUCGCCUUCCUCCUUGACGAGCAGCGCUCGCUGGUGUCGUUAGAUGCCUUCCUUCCGGGCGCGGCCAAGCAGAGCCGUCCGGCCUUGCUUCGCAACGCGGCGCUGGCUCUGAUCUAUUGGACGCGGUCGGCCAAGCAGGCGAACAUCGACUCCCUGAUCAAGAUGGGCGAUUACUACCUGCGUGGCACGGGCAUCGCCGCGGACGCCGAGAAGGCGUCGACCUGCUACCACACCGCCGCGGAGGCGCACUACAGCGCGCAGGCCUACUGGAACCUGGGGUGGAUGCAUGAGAACGGGGUGGCGGUCGACCAGGACUUCCACAUGGCGAAGCGCUACUACGACCUGGCGCUGGAGACCAGCCCGGAGGCGUACCUGCCGGUGAAGCUGAGUCUGCUGAAGCUGCGGAUGCGGGGGUACUGGAACUGGCUGACGAACGGGGAGAUCAAUCCUAUUCAAGAAGAAAAGGCCGCCAAACCCCACCGGACCCUGAAAGAGUGGAUCGCAGCGUUCAUCGAGAACGACGAGGAAGAGGAGGCCAACUACCGCGCGCAGCUAUACAAGCGCGGCGAGGAUGAGGAGGAUGAUUUGAUGUCGGCGGGCGGGGGUCGGUUGGAUCAUCAUGAUGAUGGGUACUAUGAUGACCUGGACUUGGAUAUCGACGAGAGUGUGCUCGAGGGGCUGAUCAUUGUGGGAUUGGCGGCGACGCUGUUGGUGCUGGUGUGGAUGCGCCAGCAACGCAAUCGACAGAGACCGGAGGGGGUGGGAGGCGCGAAUGGAAACGCGAAUGCGAAUGCGAAUGUUGCAGCUGGUGGUGGUGGUGGUGGGGGGGUGUUUGGGGAUCGGGGAUUCUUCCCUCGUCCGGGAGAUCCAGAAUUUGCACAAUGGGCGGCAGGGGGAGUUGGCCAUUAG